GGCAGCAACAUCAGAGCGGACCCUCGGAGCUCACGCAUCUUCCGUCUUUACGCGACUGAAUCCAGUCAAAAGAGCCGUAAAACAUUAUUCUCCGAAAACCGGGACUUUUAUUUGUGAAUGAAAACGUUACUGGACUGACAGAUAUGAUGCCGUGUUCAUCUUUCGGAGGGAGAAGAGGCCAGCCUUAGAAUAAACUUCAACUACAAGUUCAGCUGCGGCCCAGAGAAGAGGACAGGUGAGCUGAAGAAUGCGUUUAAUAUAAAAACGCCUGCUGUGGACCCUCUGUUUUCUAAACCUCUCUGACAUUUCAGCCAGUCCCAAUGGAAGCCAGAGGAAGGUUUGAUUUUUUUGCGACAGGAGACGACGAGCUCAGCUUCAGAAAGGGCGAUAUACUCAAGAUUUUAAGCCGACAAGAUGAGUGGUACAAAGCAGAGAUGAACGGACAGGAAGGAUUCGUACCACAAAACUACCUUGAAAUGCAUACUCCAGAAUGGUUUCAGGAGGACGCCAGUCGCAGCGCUGCUGAAGAGGCCCUGAAGCACAAAGAUGUUGGCGACUUUGUGAUUCGAGGGUCCCAGAGCUCCCCGGGAGACUUCUCCAUCUCCGUCAGACACGAGAGUGAUGUUCAGCACUUCAAAGUGUUGAGGGACAACAAAGGCCAGUACUUCCUGUGGUCUGAGAAGUUCACCUCCCUAAACAAGCUGGUGGAGUUCUACAAGAACACCUCCAUCUCUAAGACCAGGGAGAUCUACCUCAACGACGGCAGCUCGCCCAGCAGGAGUCCCUCCGUGGCCCAGUCGGUAAAGAGAGGAAGUUUGCCUGAACAACAUCAAUCAGCUGCAGCGAUUGCCGCUACACCGCGUAGAGCUUCAGACCAGCCUCACAACCAGCUGGCUAGGAGAACAGGUCUGGAGGAGCGAGCUCACACCAUCGGUCACACAGGAAGAGACAGCCCCGUCAGCUCUGCUUAUGCUCCCCCUCGUCGCACAUCUGAAACCAUGCCCCUGCCUCAGAGGCCGUCCGCGGUGCAGGUGAAGGCGCUGUACAACUUCACUGCAGAGGAGGACGACGAAAUCGGUUUCUCUGCCGGAGAGAUCAUCGAAGUGCUGGAUCGCUCAGACGCCUCGUGGUGGAAAGGGAUGGUGCGGGGAAGAAUCGGGCUGUUUCCUGCCAACUACACAACUCUGAUGUGAGAAAACACCCCAGGCGACGCACUUACUAUGCCUACACACAUCCACAGACUUGCUCUGCAGUUGCAGCGGCUCUGAAUUUGUGUUUUUGAACACAAACACUGAGCAGACAGACAGUGACUCAUCUAAUCUCUGCACCACAUGUCGGCACAUCUUCAACACACUGUGGCCCAAAUGACUGUGAGUUAGUUAGUGUUUUCACAUAUAUAUGUGUAUAUAUAUAAACAUAUACAUAUAUACACACACACACACACACACACACACGUACACAGCAACUCACGGCGUUCAUUCAGGUUUUAUUGGACAUGUUUUGUCUCAGUUAUUCACAGAGGAGCAAAGACACAUCCUAAGACCUGGCACAUGUUUAACUGGCCCGCAGGAACUGCUGCAGAUGGCAGGGAGGAAUGUUUUAUCAUCUGUAUUAUGACGUGUCUGUCAGCAGGUUUUUAUUUCCAAAAUGCUCUUUGGCCAGUCUGCUGAUGAAUCGACUGUUUCUGCUCACACUGUAAGUGUAGUCACAUUUUAUACCACGAAAACAAAGUUUGAAAAAAAGCAUGAAAAAAGUUUGAAAAAAAAUCUGUAGAUAUCUCAGGAACUCUGAAUGCUUUACUUAGACGUGUAACUUCCUCAGCGCGCACUGACUUGGAAAUAAAAUGUUUUUUUAUCACCGA